UUUUCUUUCACUUGUUAGAGGUUUAUAAAUGACUUUACAAAAUACUAUAGAUAUAAUUUAGAAGCUGCUUUCAUAAAAUGAAGGAAGUAAACCAGUUCAGGUAAAUUAUAUUGAACAGAUUCUCACAUUAAUGUAACUUGACUGAAACAGAAAUGAAGAGAAGAACUGAAGCAGCAGGAAGAGAAGAAACAUUUCUUCUCUCUGACUUCUAAUGAUGAAAUCUACAUUUCUGAUUUCAUUUCUGGUUGAUGUGUGUGGAGUAAAACUUUGCUCUAAAUGUGUCUUUUUCUCUUCAGCAGGCGUCAGUGGAGGAAGAAUCGAUUUCUACAAUAAACCUGGAGAUGAGGUUGUUUUACCUUGUAACAGUAAACCAUCAUCUUCCUCAUGUUCCAAUGUUCACUGGUUUUACAACAGUGAUGAGGGACGUGUAUCUAAAUGGGAGGUUGAAGAAGGAAAUGUUAAUGAAAACUCAGCUCGAGCUGCCAGACUGAGUCUGAACAGUAACUGCUCUCUGGUCAUCAACAACAUCACUGAUGAAGAUGUCGGUUUCUACAUUUGUAGACAUGGACGAACAGGUUCCUUUGAUGUAGAUGUGUAUGUAAAUAUUCUGACUGUCUCUCCGUCUCCACCAGAUGCUGAUCUACAGAAGGAUGAAGUCACAUUAACCUGCUCUCUGUGGAGAUACAGUAACAUUAAUACUUGUAAACAGAGCAGCUUCCGCUGGUUGGAUGAUGAAGGAACUGAGCUGCAAGAUGAAAGUGUUGAUUUCUACGUCAGACAGACAAACUGUGUUUCCAUCCUGACUGUAAAACAUCAGAGAGACCACAACAGAAGAUUCACCUGCCAGUUUGUUGAAGGAAACAGUGUGAAGAUAGAAGCUCACUACCCACCUGAUUCUACAGAACCAGCCUCCACAGACUGGUCUCCUCUGAGAUUCUUCAUGUGGACUCUGCGCAUCACAGGACUGAUUCUCCUGAUUGGAAUCACUGUUGUUGUUAUCAGAGGAGGAAGCAAAAAGCAGCUGAAAGACAGCAAAGUUUCUGAAGCUGCUGAUGAAGACGAAGUAACGUAUGAAACUGUUGGAGAUCUUUCUGCUGCUCCCACACUGCGCUGAGCUUCAGGACAUCAAUGAAAACUGCGACAAACUAAAGAGAGUGAAAAUUAUUUCUGUUUAUCUUCUUUCAUGUUAAACAAUUUAUUUCUUCUGAAGCAUUUAAACUUUAUUUAAUUUGUCUGAGAUAGAAAAAUAUCAUGUCUGACUUUUGGAAACCUUGUAAGAUCUGCUGGAAAUAUGGUUUCAUUUUCUUUAUUUCAGUCAGAUUUAACUAAACAACAUUUCUAACUGUUUCUACUGUUGUCUUUACUGUCUGUUCUUGUUUCUAAGCAGGUUUUCAGUCUCUGAUCACCACAUCUGGACCUUGUUUGUUAUCAUCUUCCUCAGUAUAAAUGCUGCAAGUUUUCCUUUGUUCCCUUCCAGAUGUUCAUCAUUAUUUUCCAUGUAGCUCCACCUCAGCUCUGUUCCUUGUUUAGGUUUUGUUUUUAAUGACCUUGUUACUGCAGCUGAUUUAAAAAUAUAUGAAUUAAAGAAGGUUGUGAUUUUACUGCUGUUUCAUGGUGUGUUUUGUGUAUAAUAGUAAAAGAAGAUUUUAUUAUAUAGACCAGACUUGUUUAAGUUUAAUUUUUCAUGUAACUUUUUAAA